UCUCUCUUACCAUCAUGUAGUUGAAGGCCCAAUCAACGUUUUAUAUACAACCACAUGCUUCUAUCGUCAAUCUAUUAUAUUGAUAUACCGAUCACUUUUAAGUCACCGCAGGCAAAUAGGUUUUGAAACAGCAGUGAAGAAAUUAACAUAUUUCAACAGCAUAGGAAAGACACAGACCAAUUGAAUUAUCAUACAAAUUGUAUCAUUGACCCCAACCAAUGGAGCAUUAUAGGCCAGUAAGCGUAAGUGUUUCUAAAGGCUCUUCUGUUAUUGUCUACACUAUCGCUGAAGAGUUCUUGGGGCAUGGACAUAAGUAUAAUUUUCAGAUAGUUAAUGUGGACGAAAAACAACAAAAAAUGGUGUUUGAAAUAUGCUUGGAUGGUGUGGUCAAAGCAAAAAAUGAAUCCUCUCCCUUCCCAACUAAAGCUUUUAAAAAGAAACGUGAAGGCAAAGAGGGAGAAUACUAUAAAGUUACGCUGAAAUGCAAGAAAGCUCAGGAGAUUGUGGACUACUUUCCACAACCACAAAAGACAUUUUGAGAAUUUUCUUGCAUGGGCUUUAUCUAAACAGUAUCUUGUAUUUAUUUUGCUGUUAAGUGCAAUAAUUUUAAAAUUGCAAACAUUAAAAUCGUUACUAUUUUUUAAAAUAAAUUCCUCUUUAUAGGAUAAACAUAUCUUGGUUAUUGUAAAUCUAACUCCACUGAGCUUAACAGUCAAAGUGUAUUAAGUAAUUAAAUUUGGCUUAAUUCACAUAGUGUCAGUUUUUAAAAAAGAGUAGUAUUUUUACAAAAUGUUACAUUUCACAAAUGUUUUGAUAUCACUUUUGUUUAUAAGUUUACAAAAUUCUUUUUAAGUGGAUAACAUUAAAAAUAUCUAGAAAUAUUUUAUGCAAAUUAAAAACUUCAUUGUUUGGCUUUACAAUAAAUUUAUGUGUAAAUAAAUGUUAACAUAAAUUUUUUAAUUUUACAUUUUUUGUACUACACAUAAUAAAAACGUGUAUUUUCACACUAAAUUACUAUUUCUUUUAAAAUGUCUAUACUUUUAGCACAAUUUGAUUGUAUAGAGGAUAAAUCCAGUUUGUCACAAAAAAUUAUAUCUUGAGAAAAAUAAGCAUUUAAUUUUCACACCUCUAAUAAGAAUGUGCCAAGUUAUAUUACUUAUAUUGUAGAAAAUUUGUUUAAAUUUACAUUUUAGUUUUUAGAAUUUUACAGCUCCUUUUUGCCUUAUUGCCAAUACGAAUAAGCCUACUAAGCACAUUGGUUUCACCAUAAACUGGACAUAUUUAAUUUUUGCUUUACUGUUUUUUGAUUUGAACAGUUGAAGGCUUUUUAUUGCAUUCUGUUAUUCUAUGUUUCUAGACAUUUUUAAAAAUAAUUAUAGGAUGGCAUUGACUUUAUAUUUUACUGUUGUAGAUUAUGUGUUUAGAAAGGUGGAUAGAAAAACCAAUUCAGGUAUAUCAGAGGCUUGAUUUGUUUUAAAUCGUGCAUCAGGGAAUGUGUUCUAAUUAAACAGAUCAUUUAAAUAGUUCACCAACAGCACUAUAUGUUAAAUGUUUGAUCUGAGGCAUUUAAUUUUACAAGCUGGCUAGUCGUAUGUUUUUCUCAGCAGCAUAAGUCUUAUAUUUAGAGAAAUGAUCUGCACUCAUCCAUUCAAAUAGCCAUCAAGGCUGUGAAGCCAGUGGCUCUAUGCUGUAGUGUACCCCAUUUUUGGGACUAAUUAGCAAGUGUUUGCUCGAAAUUAAAAGCUUUAAUUUAUGAUUUGCUAAAAAUUUAUUAUUAAUAAAUAUUUAUAUAUAUUAUUUGAGACUUUAUUUAAGCUACUAUAUAUUAUACACAAAUAUCUUUUUAUGUAAAGUGUAAUGUAAAAGUUUUCUUUUGUGUGGUUUUUUAACCGUUUAGUUUUCUUAAGUGUAGUUUUUUUUUAAAAAAUGCAUGACCUCCUGUUUUUUGUCUAAAAAAUUAAUUAUUAUUUUUUAUCUUUAACAUAUCUCUCUAGUUAAAAAUUCAUGAGUCGUAUAAAAUAAUAGUUAAUUUAAAACUCCCAAAUAUGAACAACUACUUCUGUGAUGUUAUACAAAUUAUACAUUUUUAAAUUUGUAUCACUUAGAAUUUUUUUCAUUUUUGUUAUGCUCAUCUGUAAGUUAUUAUUAGCUUUUUGGUUAAUCAAUUGUACACAUUUUGUUA